UACCAGCAGGAAAUAUUUUGGACAUUUUAUUGAGAGAGCAUAUUGGGGACCAGGAAAGCAAAUAAGCAAUCAAUCAAAUUAUAUUUAAGUACACAUGACUGAGCAGUUUUCACAAUUAGUACAUACAGAUUUUCAAGGAUUGGGAAGAAUCAUGGGUUCACAAACAGAGUCUCAGGUUCCUCUCCCUGUUAUUGAUUUCAGUGAUGAACACCUGAAGCCUGGUACUCACAAAUGGGUGUCUACUUGUCAAGCUGUGAGGAGUGCAAUGGAGGAUCAUGGUGGAUUUCUAGCACUCUAUGAUAAAGUUGAUCCACUGCUUUAUGACUCUGUCUUCUCUGCAAUGAAACGACUCUUUGAUCUUCCAUCAGAAACAAAGGGGCAAAAAACCACUGAUAAGCCUAUCUUCAGCUAUGCUGCUCAAUGCCCCAACAUUCCUUUGUAUGAAUCAAUAGCCAUAGACAACGCAGUGAGUGCUGGAGAUUGUCAAAAGUACACUACUAUUAUGUGGCCACAAGGGAAUGAUCAUUUCAGUGAAAGUGUCAAUUCCUAUGCAAAGAAAGUGGCAGAGCUGGAUUAUAUUGUGAAGAAGAUGGUGUUUGAGAGCUAUGGAGUAGAUAAUCAGAAACAUGAGUCUAUGCAUGCAUCAACUGAUUAUGUGCUCAGAUGCUACAAAUACAGAACCCCGCUGGUGGGUGAAACCAACAUAGGAGUGCUUCCUCACACUGACUCAGGCUUCUUAACAAUAAUAAAUCAGAGGUUGAAUGGCUUAGAAAUCAAACUUCAGGAUGGGAAGUGGUUCCCAGUUGAGGCCUCACCCUCCAUGUUUGCAGUUUUGGCUGGUGAAGCACUCACGGUGUGGAGUAAUGACAGGAUAAGCGCUUGUCUACACCGAGUAUUCAUGAAUGAAAAGGUGGACAGAUACUCCUUGGGGCUACUUUCAUAUGCUGGCAAGUUAAUGGAGCCACAAGAAGAGCUAGUUGAUGAAGAACAUCCUCUUCGUUAUAAACCAUUUGAUCAUUAUGGAUAUCUUCGUUUCUAUGUCUCUGAAGAAGGUGUAAAAGCUUUCAAAAAUGGUACUAGGAUCAAGACAUAUUGUGGCAUUUGAGGUGCACUUAUUGUGAUAUGAAGAAAGUCUAUGAAGGGUGAUCUCUAAGUUAUAUGAAUUCACCAGAAGUUAAAUGUGUGUGUUACUUAUGUCGUGAUAUACAUAUGUUUGUAGAAUAAAAUUAAUCUUGAUUUCUACUGUUUCCAGAGCUAUAUGUGUGAAAGGAGUUUGUCAUUAUGUACGAAGUUAUGAUGAAUGAAUAAAAAUUCACCCAUGGUUUGUUGUUAGAA